AUGGCAACUCUCACACUGGCCUCCUGGGCCACAAACCUGACAUACGCCGAUCUAACACCAUCAGUGGUAGACUCGGCUGUCAAAAGUGUCUAUAACUGGGCUGGAUGCGCCAUAGGUGGAUACGGCCAAGACGCCCCCGGCAUUGCGCAAGCCACUACACAAGCUUUCUUCGGCGGGCCACCAACCUCGAGUAUUCUUGGCUCGAACGGGUCCAUCGGAGAGACAUACGCGGAUGCCCAGCUGGCCGCGUUGGUCAACGGCAUCGCAUCGCACAUCGAUGAUUAUGAUGACACUCACCUUGAAACUAUCAUACACCCGGCCGGCCCUGUUGCCAGUGCUCUGCUGGCUGUAGCUGAAUGGCAGGGUCCUACUACGGGCCAGGACUUUCUGACUGCAUUCGUUGCUGGAGUUGAGGCGGAAUGCAAGCUGGGACUGAGCGUAUAUCCGGAGCACUACGAUGUCGGCUGGCAUAUCACCAGCACGACGGGGUCAAUUGGUGCCGCAGUCGCCGUCGGAAAGCUGAUCGGCCUCAGCACGACCGAAAUGCAGAAUGCCAUAGGAGUCGCAGCGACUCAAGUAGUCGGUAUGCAGGAGUUCUUCGGGUCAAUGACGAAAUCAUUUCAUGUUGGGCGCGCCGCACAAGGCGGAAUGCUUGGCGCGCUACUUGCCAAGAAUGGUUACACCAGCUCGCUGCAGGCACUCGAAGCGAAAUACGGAUGGCUUCAUGUCGUUUCGACAAGAGAGAACGUGACAGCAUAUUUCGACCAGCUGGGCGAGGUUUGGGAGAUCGAGAAGAACACGUUCAAACCGUUUCCCUGUGGCAUAGUUAUGCACCCUACCAUCGACGGCGCUAUUCAGCUCCACAACGAAACCACGCAGCAGGGGAAGUCGAUCUCUUCCGUCAAGACCAUCAACUUGAUCGUCAACUCCCAGGUCCUAGUCCUGACCGGAAAGACAACACCGUCAACAGGCUUGGAGGGCAAAUUCAGCAUCUAUCAUGCAGCUGCUGUCGGAUAUCUCUAUGGCCAAGCGACUCCUAGCCAGUUCACAGACGAUGUCGUGAACAACUCGACGGUCAUCGAUAUGCGAAAGAAGGUCAACGUUACCACUGACGACGACAAGUACAACACAGCGCAAGCACUAGUCACCGUGGAGUUCGAAGACGGAAGCACCCUCGAGAGGCACAUCGAAAAUGCCAUUGGCAGUUUAAAGAACCCGUUGACAGAGGCUGAUCUCAAGAAGAAGUUCAUGGAUCAGGUGUCGAAGCAGAUAGGAGAAGUCAGGGCGGGCAAGGCAUAUGCCGCUUUCACGAAUAUCGGGAAUAUGUCUGACAUAGGACAGCUCCGAUCCGAAGGGCAAAUCCCCCGUCCUCCGGUACCUGUUAAACCGGCAUUUCUAGCACCCAAUCGCACGAAGAGUAUGGUUGAACCUCUUGCACUGCCUGCUGCACCGCAUCGUGCUACUGCGCACACCGCGUAUGAGCUAUGCACUCUGAUGAAACAAUGGUUCCCAGGACCCCGCGCCUAG